AUGAGAGAAAAAACUAUGUGCUCUAUGAGCUAUAUUCAAAUUGAGGUGCGAAUAACAGUAAAAUUCAAGUGUAAUUACGUGGUGAAUAUUCUCGACGACGCGGUACCAAUUCAAGGAGACACCCUGGAGACUACCGGUAACGAAUUGGGUUCGAGGAAUAGGGUGAGAGAGGCUAUCCGGUGGAUAUUUGCCGGUCGUCGCCGGUCGACAACAAAACACGUGGGUAACGAGCCACAGAGGAUAAGAUCUUGUGUAUAUGGAAAUAUGCCAUUUCCCUGGGCGACGGGAAGCGGAGAGAGUUCUUGCCGUCUCCCUUGGGCGAGGGGAGGCGGAGAGGGAAUCGCCCAAAAAAAUGGUGCCGGACGGCACAGACUUUAG